AUGGCCAGUCUCACCGAUUUCGUCGAUUUUUCCUCGAAGCCUCUGCUCUGGUCCGCGGCAAGCAUUGCGUUCAACCCCAUUUUCUGGAACAUCGUCGCCCGCGCCGAGUACCGCAACCAUUUCAUGACCCGCAUCUUCGGUGGCGCAUACAAUGGCUGCUACGUCCUCGCCUUCACCAUUUUCUCCCUGGGUAUCCUGCGCGACCAUGUCUACCAACUCGCCCUCGACGACCAGCCCUUCUAUGCCCCCGUGCACCAGCCCAUCAUCGGCGCCGGUUUGUUCGCCGCUGGCUCCAUCCUCGUUCUUUCCAGCAUGUGGGCCCUCGGUGUGACUGGUACCUACCUGGGUGACUACUUCGGCAUCCUGAUGGACGCACCCGUCACCGGUUUUCCUUUCAAUGUGACCGGCUCGCCCAUGUACUGGGGCAGCACCUUGAACUUCCUGGGCGUUGCUCUGUACAAGGGCAAGGUGGCCGGUAUUCUCUUGACAGCCCAGGUGUUCGUCUUGUACUGGUUUGCGCUUAAGUGGGAGGAUCCCUUCACUGCUGAGAUCUACGCCAAGCGUGAGCGUGAACGCGCCAAGAAGAGGGGCGGCAAGAAGCAGUAA